AUGAGCGUGCACGAUACGGUUCAAGGGGGCUUCGAUCUAAAAAAUUGUGCUUGUGACUUCGGCUCCACUCGCUCCUCCGAAAGGGGGGGUCGACAACCUUGUUUGCUGCCGACUUCUGGGAUGCAGUCAGACAAGCAGAGCACGGCACGGCCUUUAGGCCAGGAACUCAAUCAUGCAAAAACGCGCAACCAUCUCCGCUGCCGCUGCCGACAACAGCAAUCGACCUGUUCACGUCGACGAUACGUUACACAGGCAACGCAAGGCCUUUUCUUCCACCACCUCAUUGCUUCCUUCAUCCGUAGCCAACGCCCUCCCGUCCAUCGCAGUAAAGCUCGUCUCCUCUUCAAACCAUUGCAACAUCAGAGCGAGAGCGCCCACGACUUGCCGUCGUCGUCUCAUCUGUCGCCCACCAUGUUUGGCAAACGUGGUUCCAAAAAGAGCCCGUCCGUUGCGCGCGACGCUUCGAAGCAGGGCAACCUUGCCUCCUUCCGUGCCAAGUUCGCCAACUUCAGUCUCGACCCCGAUACCGUAUUCAAGAAGAAGAGGCCACCACCCGCUCCUCGCUCCGUCUACUUCAAUGAGCCGUUGCCGGAACAAGCCUUCGACGCCAAGGGGCGUCCCCAAUACCCUUUUGUCUUUGCCAGCAAUCAGGUCCUGACCGCCAAAUAUACCAUCUACAACUUCUUCUUCAAGAACUUGCUCGAACAGUUCCGCCGCGUUGCCAACCUCUUCUUCUUGCUCAUCGUCAUCCUACAAUUCUUCCCCCAAUUCACAACCAUCAACCCUGGUGUCUCAAUGCUUCCUCUUCUCGCCGUGCUCGGCAUCACCAUGAUCAAGGACGGCUACGAGGAUUUCAAGCGUCAUCAGUCCGACCGCAACAUCAAUCGUCUCAGGGUCAAGACGCUCACCGGCGGUGGUUGGCAGAACCCAAACGUCAUGGAGGCCAACGGCAGGAGCCUCGCUGCCUGGCUCACUUCCAUCAGGGACAAAUUCUUCGGCGGAAAGAAGAAACAGUCUUCUCACCUGCAAAAGGAAAUGGCCGAGAAGGCCGAAGCAGCAGCCGAAGAGGGUCACGCUCACCAGAUCGCAUCCCCCAUCCCUCCCGCGGCAGACGCUCCCGGUGGUGGAGGCGCCACCCAAGUUCAUUCCAGCGUUCCUGUGCCUGGCGAGGCCAACCUGCCCGUGCGCGCCUCGCAUCAACUCGCUCGACGGACGACAACACGCCACAGCCAGUUCGAAUCUGAAUAUGAGCAACUCGAAGAUGGACGCAUCAUGCACGGCGGCCGCAUCCUCAACGCCGACGAGGAGCACGCGUUCUACUCGAAGAAAGCGCCCCGAUGGAAGCCAAAGACGUGGGAGAACCUGGCCGUCGGCGACUUUGUCUACCUCACCAACAAUGACCCCAUCCCAGCCGACAUCAUCAUCUGCGCUACCAGCGAAGAGGAGGAUGCAUGCUUUAUCGAGACCAAGAACCUGGACGGCGAAACUAAUCUCAAGGCUCGCCACGCCGUACCGGAGCUAACUUCGCUCCGAACGCCCGAAGACUGCGCCCGUGCCUCGCUGCGCAUCGAUGCCGAACCCCAGGACACCAACAUGUACCGCCUGAACGCCAGCGUCGUGCUCAAUGACCGUUUCGACAAGAACGGCAACCCACUACAGUGUCCCGUCACUCUGAACCAGAUCUUGCUCCGAGGAUGCAAUGUUCGAAACACAAAGUGGGUCAUCGGCGUCGUUAUCAUGACAGGUUGGGACACCAAGAUCAUUGCCAACUCCGGCGUCACGCCAUCGAAGCGCUCUAUGAUCGAGAAGCAGAUGAACCCAAUGGUGUAUUUCAACCUCGUCAUUUUGGCUUGCGUCUCCGUCGCAUGCGCCAUCGCCGACUCUCAGCUGGAACAGUACUACUUUGACCGCGACGCCUAUUGGGAGUACGCCGCCAUCUACAGCGACGACAAUCCCCGUAUCAACGGUCUCGUCGCGUUUGCCAACUCUCUCAUCACGUUCCAGAACAUCGUUCCGAUCUCGCUCUACAUCUCUUUCGAGUUUGUUCGCCUCGCUCAGGCCUACUUUAUCUACGACGACUACGACAUCUGGUACGAAAAGACCAACCGUCGCACCACCGCAAAGUCUUGGAACCUGUCGGACGACCUCGGCCAGAUCGAGUACAUCUUCAGUGACAAAACGGGCACGCUGACGCAAAACGUCAUGAUCUUCCGCGAAUGCGCCGUCGCGGGCGUCAUCUACCAUGGCGAUGCUGCUUCGCCUCAGGUCGGCGCUAGCGACACAACCACCACCGACGUGCCCACUGCAAAGAAUUCCGACAAGGAUGACGGCUCCACCAACGACGGUUCCGGCAUCAAGGGUUCCGAGUCCUACCACGCAACCAACACCAAAGUCAACGUCAAGCCUCUCAACCCCGAUAUACCACCCUUCCACGAUCACAGACUCGCUGAAGCUUUGCGGGACGCUGACUCGCAACACGCCAAGCAGCUCGGUAACUUCUUCCGUUGCCUUGCGCUCUGCCACACCGUCCUCGUCGAGGACCUUGAAGACGGCAGCAUCGAGUACCAGGCACAGAGUCCCGACGAGCAGGCGCUGGUGCAGGCUGCAGCCGAUGCUGGCUUCAUCUUUAUCGGAAAGGAGCGUCAGACGCUUCGAAUCUUGACACCCUACUCGAAGGAGCCCGAAGUCUACGAGCUGCUCGUCGUCAACGAAUUUUCGUCGGCCCGGAAGAGGAUGAGCGUGAUCGUGCGUCGGGAAUCCGACGGUCAGCUGCUCAUGCUGGCCAAAGGUGCCGACAGCAUCAUGUUCGAACGUGCUCGCCAAGGACAGGAGGAGCUCAAACAGGAGACCGAUGCUGCGCUCGAGGAGUUCGCCAACAAGGGUCUGCGUACACUCUGCCUUGGUGGCAAGGAGUUGACUGCACACUUCUACGAGGACUGGCAACAUCGCUUUCACCAGGCUUCCGUCUCGAUUCAGGAUCGCGAAGACAAGAUGGAGGAGCUGGCAAGCGAACUUGAGAAAGACUUCGAUCUGUAUGGUGCCACUGCCAUUGAGGACAAGUUGCAGGACGGUGUUCCAGAGACCAUCGCCGAUCUUAAACGCGCUGGAAUCAAUGUCUGGGUUGCCACCGGCGACAAGCUCGAGACCGCCAUUGCCAUCGGAUACUCAACCAUGCUGCUCACCGAGGACAUGAACCUGGUCGUCGUUCGCGGCGGCGAGUACGGACAGCCCAAUUCCGCCUACGAACAACUGCGGAAAGCCGUGGUUCGCUUCUUCGGCGGCCCUGCCGUGCUCCAAGAGAUGGAACACCAACCACCGGGCGGAGAGUCCGAAAGCCGUCGAUCGUCUUUCAUGUCGCGUCGUCCUUCGUACAACAGGAACCGUCGCAGCAGCGUCAGUCAGGUCUCACUCGUUGGCGAGGACAACGGUCAACGCACCGGCGGCUUUGCGCUCGUGAUCGAUGGAACGGCGCUUGGCCACGCGCUCAGUGAAGAGUUCAGCAAGGAUCUGCUGCUGCGCAUCUCGACGCAGUGCAAGGCUGUCAUCUGCUGUCGUGUCUCGCCCUUGCAAAAAGCCUUGAUCGUCCGACUCAUCAAGGAUGGUCUCGGAGUCAUGACGCUUGCCAUCGGAGACGGCGCCAACGACGUCAGCAUGAUCCAAGCGGCGCAUGUUGGCGUCGGUAUCGCUGGAGAGGAAGGUCUGCAAGCCGUCAACUCGUCCGACUAUGCUAUCGCGCAAUUCCGCUACCUCAAGCGGUUGGUGCUCGUCCACGGUCACUGGUCGUACUACCGCAACUCGGUCAUGAUCACCAACUUCUUCUACAAGCAGUUCAUUCAGGUCGGCACACUCUUCUGGUUCCAGAUCUACUGCGCUUGGUCCACCACGCAAGCGAUCGACUACGUGUACAUUUUGCUCUGGAACGCCGUUUGGACCGUAGCCGCCGUCAUCUUUUUGGGUAUCUUCGAUCGCAACAUCAAUGACAAGGUGCUUAUGCAGGUGCCCGAGCUCUACCACCAAGCACGCAAGCGCGCCUACUUUGGCCUCAAGCCCUUCCUGAUCUACUUUUUCGACGGUAUCUACCAGUCGGUCGUUUUGUUCUUCUUCUUCGCUUACUCCUACAACACGACGACCCCGCGCAACGACGGGUAUGACAUCAACUUGUACGAGUGGACGACCGGCAUGGCCAUCGCGUCGGUGUUGGUGGCCAACCUGUUCGUCGGCCUGAACGCACGUGCAUGGACUUGGUUCAUCUUCGUCGGUGUCUGGGCAGGCACCGUGGUGAUGUUUUGCUUUGCGCCCAUCUACGCGGCAUUCACAUCAACCUACUCGUACGGCAAUAACCAUUUCCUCUAUCAGUCGAUCCAGUUCUGGACGUUAGGCUUCCUCACGUGCUUCCUGGCACUCUUGCCGCGUCUCCUGGCCAAAUGCUUCCGACAGUCGUACUACCCGACCGAUGUGGACAUUCUGCGUUAUGUGGACAAGAAGAACAACGACCACGAUUUCACCCGCGACCCCGCGAUUCCACGCGCACACGCGGACGGCGCCAUCUACUCUGACGCAGCUGGUCGACCGAGCAUGACGCACCACACUUUUGCGCCGCUUGUUCGUGCAGCUACGUCUACGUCGAGAAUUGAUGGUACCAGAGAGGCAGCACCAACAUCGGGUGUGCAGAUGCACGAGCUCCAUCAGACAGCUUCUCGCGCCAGCAGUACACACUACGACAUGCUCACGGGCGAACAGCGACCGAAUCGCGGCUACACGUUUUCGUCGGAUGAGCCGAGAGCGGGUGGUUUGCACAAGAGGAAGAGUGUCAAGGAUCGACUGGUACCAGACGUGUUCAAGAGGAGUUUGAAGAAGAACAAAGAUCAUAGGAAACGAUUGACCAUGAUCAACCAGGAGGAGGACGAGGUGGCCGAAGAGCCGGCAACGUCUUCUUAG